AUGGCGACAAUGACUCAGUACACACAGGUCGAGCUCCUGACUCUUCACGGACCUGAAUUUCGCCGAGUCUCGACUGCUCCCCCUCGGCCGCCUACCGAAGAUGAAAUUCCGAUUAUUGACCUGGGUACGAUCGACUGUGGGUUCCAAGCUAGGAAGGAUAUCGCAUCCCAGGUCAAAGCGGCAGCUGAAAAUACCGGGUUCUUCUAUAUCAAAAACCACGGGAUCCCCGAGGAGCUCCUUCAGCGUGCUCUUUCCAAAGCCCAGGCAUUCUUCGCUCAGACCGAUGAGCAGAAAGAGCUCGUCUCCAACAAGAAGUCCACUCACGCGGAUGGAUUCCAUGGUGUGGGAAGUACACAAGUCAACAAAACAGAGACACGAGACCGCAAGGAGACCUUCUCGUUGCGCUACAACCCCGCGAACGACCCAACAAUAUCCAACCCAGAAGACCUUCUCGCCGACUCGAGCUAUUCUUACGGAAACGAUGAAUUCUUAUGGGAGGGGACUUCCCAUAUUCCCGGCUUCCGGGAAACGACCAUUGAAUUUUGGCAGCAGCGCUUGACUCUCGCUCGCAAAAUGAUCCGGAUCUUCGCGCUAGCACUCGACAUGCCCGAAGAGUGCUUCGACUCCGUAACAACUAAUCCAGGUGCUGAUGGACUGUAUGUGCACUACCCCGGUGCCUCGGAGACUGUAUCCGCCAACACCGAGACCGACGUCGGGAUUGGUUCGCACACCGAUAUCCAGUGUGUGACCCUGCUAUGGCAGGACAUGUCCGGUGGCCUGCAGGUUCUCUCCGCGACCGAUGAGUGGCUAGAUGCGCGACCAGUCCCCGGGACGCUAGUGGUGAAUAUUGGGGACUUUUUGCAGCGACUUUCGAAUAAUCGGUUCAAAUCGACUGUGCAUCGGGUGUAUAAUCGACAAACUACCCCGCGGUACUCCAUGCCAUUUUUCCUGGGGUUUAAUCCUGACUCAGUGUGCGAAGUUGUGCCAUCGUGCAUUGACGAAGAGCAUCCUGCUUUGUAUGAGCCUAUUUCUUGCGGAAAAUGGCACCGUAAUCGGUUUGCGCUAUCACAAGGGAAACCUAUCACUGCAUGA